UCCUUGACAACAAAUGGUCGUAGAGAGUGAGAGUGUGUGGUCCUGCUCUCCGCAUUAGAGGACCCCUUCUUCAUCUUUCGGCCAGACAUUUUCUUGGUCCUUGGUCUGGCAGCAGAAUGGAAGAACCCUGGUGACAGCACCACGGACAGACCCACGCUGAGACCGAGCAUGGCGGUGGACGCGGCUUCAAGCUUCAGUUUUUGCCGCGCCUCCCUGGAGCACACGCUGUCGGCCGAAGAGCUAAGCUACCAGCUGCCACGUCGCUCGGGAGGCAGCAACCUGACCUGGCAUGACGGGCGCGGCCAGAUGACGGCACACACACGCACUGUCAAACUUCUGCAGCAGCCUGGCACGGAGGGCAUACAGCUGCAUCCAGGUGAAGCUUUUACUGUGUAUCACACCAGCCCAACGUUGUCAAGUCUGUCCAAACCCGUAGUGCUGUGGACUCAGCAGGACGUCUGCAAGUGGCUUAAGAAACACUGUCCUCACAACUACCUGACCUAUGUAGAAGCCUUCUCUCAUCACGCCAUCACAGGACGGGCCUUGCUGCGUUUGAACGGGGAGAAGCUCCAGAGGAUGGGAAUCGUCCAGGAGACACUAAGGCAGGAAGUCCUCCAACAGGUCCUCCAGCUUCAGGUUAGAGAAGAGGUCCGUAACCUGCAGCUCCUUAGUCGAACCUCCUUUGGAAACUUUUCUUAGCUCAUCCGUUGGUCCACUUGGCAGCCUUUACCCCCCUUCCCUGUCACAAUAAAACUCCAGGAGCCAUGGAAGAGCUUCUGUCUUCAGAUUUGUGAGCGGAGAAUCAAGUGGACAAGCCAAACCAAGCAGUCUGAUGGAUUCAUUCAACACUGUUUUACCAGACCUCAAGACAGCGACAAAGAGCCGCUCAAGGCCUGCUUACCAACUGUAGCAUAGUGAUAAGAUGGGAGAAUGAUCAUGUAGCACUGACACUGGUUCAUGCCGACUACAAGCAAAUCCAUUCUUGGUGGUCUGUCUUACGUAAAUUUGGGCUCAUUAUGGUUUGUGGAAAACACAUGACCUGCCACUUCCUCUAUUUACCAGGAUAAUAAUGCUCCAUUAGGACUGACAUUGAUUUAAUAGUAUGUUCAUGAUUGUGGUUAACUGCACUGUAUCAAACUGCAAGACCUGAUGGCACACGUUUCCAGUAGGAUGCAGUCCAGGCCCAUAACACUUCAAACUACAACAAUCAAAAUCAAUGUAUUUCUUUUCUCAUUGUGUAGGUUUACAUCAUGUUGUAGUUACCUCUUUUGAAGAAAUGGAGCCUGAAAACAUGGUUUUAUUCUGAUCAUUAUAUAUUUGCACCAUUUGGCAACCUAAAUUUAAUGCCGACCAUAAUUAUUUCCAUCUAAGCUGUAAAAUGAAUGCUACUUACAUGUGGUUUUGAAUGCACUGGACUAAUGUCAUUAUAAAGGAAUCCAUCCCUCACCCACAACCUAUAGUCCAUUUUCCUCUCAGGAUUUCAUUUUGAAAUAACACUGGUGAGUGACUAAUGGUAGAUAUUAUGCUCAGACUUUUUGUAUUGUGAUUGAACUAGACUUUAUACCAUAGAAAUAUAGUAUAUACAUGUCAAGGAUUCUUAAAUAACAUACUGUACUGUAAGUCUGUGUGUUCUCGCAGAAGCUCAGUGUUGUUUCAGUGGGACAAAUCUCAAGGACACGCAAGUGUAAUGUGAUGAUCUCAUUGUCUACGCUUGACAAAGCAAUAAUACAAAUGUAAUUACACAAAGAGGAAUGGCUGUUGGGGAUAAGUAAGACAUAUUGAAAAGGGUUAUUUGUAAUAUGUGUUAAAGCCGCGGCAUGUUGAGAGGAAUGCUUUGCCUAUUAGAGAAGCAGCAUUUAGCUGCGUUGUGACUUUAAUGAGUGUUACUGUAAGUCAUCAUGACAAACGCAAAGAAAAAGGAUAAACCCCUGUAGUAUUGUACCAACCCUCUACUCUCGGUGUGACACUGUGACUUUAGAUGCUUCAAGAUCACGUAAUACUGUGACAGUUACCCAGAUACAAGAUUCCCAGGCUGACUCAAGUGAUGUCGGUUGGUUAGACAGAGGCAGACAUCGACGUAAAAUGAUGAUUUUAUACUUGCAUACACCAGUAGAUACACUUCCAAAUCAUGAUCCAUCAGACACAUUCCCUCCAUCUUGGAAACCAGAUGACCAGAGACUGUACAGUAAGUGAUUGACUGUUGAAAGGGAGAACGUCUACUGUAUUAUUUUUGAAUUAUCUGACGCCCUCCAGGAUUUUGCAUGAUUGUUGCAGAUUAAAAUGCCUGACUUUGUGACAGCUCCUUCGAAAAGUUGGCAAAAGUUGCAAUGUUCCGAGGGCUUAUUUUUUUCAAUAGUAUUGCAUCAGCUUGCAUUUUCCUAAUUUGUUAUCAAUAUUUGUGUUUUUUGGAACAGUGACACACUGUCGCCACAUUGAAGAUGUCGUCAGGCUUGAUUAGUAGGCUGCCGUCCAGACGGCGCUCGCGUUCGAACGUGCUGCAAGCAUAUCUUACCCUCUUCAUGUUUUCAGUACGUAAGCUACGCCCGAAGAGGGAGUUACAUCCCGACGUACGUGCUCCUAUUUGCUGGCUAUGUGCAAAAAGGGGAAAAAUCCCAAGAGACACGCACAUUGCCCGCACAGAUUUUCAAACCCGCAGACAGCACGCAAAGCCCGUAGGAAGAACAUUGGGAUGCAAAUUUUUUUCUUCAUGCACGCAGGAAAACCUUGCAGGUCGCAAGGGCAAGGCAAAGGAGUGCGUGUGUCGCAAGUUUAGACUGCUCUCAUAGUGUAUCCGACAUUAAUGCACCUUACCCGGCCACGGCGGCCGGCUCUUCCCACUGUACACUCUGGUUCUCCUGGUCACGAUAGCCGCAGGUGCCGUAGGAAGCCAGUACCCCCAUCUUGCAAUUGAAGUGAGUGGGCUUCACAAGCCUCGUACGUUGCCCACACACUGUACGUCCCCAGUGAGUGAAACAUAUGACAGCCUUGUAAAUAAAGGCUUGCAUUGUGAAAUACGCCUUACCAUCUGAUUGAACCCCUUCAUACACACAAUACCACAGUGACCAAUUCACACAAAUGCGUGCAUAGUUAGCAAAACAAACACCGCAGAAGUCUCCCUUAUUGUCUGCUGUCAGCCACUUAAUGUUGACAUUCUCCAUGAAUGUGUUACGGUUCAAAAGUGCUUGUCGAUCGUGAACUUUCAUUUAUGUUGCAAGACAUUGCAUGUAGUUUACCCCUGCUUUCCUUGAGAAUAUUGGGGUACUGUUGAGAAAGAUCUAUAGCGGUGAUUUCUGUUGGUUAACGAGAGACGAUGAAAGAUUAUCAUCACACGUCGAUGUCUCUGUCAAAGUAAACAAGUAAGUAAGGGCGUGAGCAUGCGGUGCAGGCCAAUAAAGGGAGACAUUUGAUUGGUUCGACAGUUAACAUGCAUGUUUGACCGCUGCUCAGGGACAAAUUUGAUUGGUGAAAAUGACGAUUGGCCAAAAUGUGCGGUGAAGUUGUGGGAAUUGGACAAAGUUGCAAGGCCGCACGUGAUUUGCGUGUGUUGGUUGAAUUUGCAUGAAUUAGCUCGGUCACAACAUCACAAAAUCCUCAAUCCUGGAGGGUCUGAUAUACAGUGGAACCUUGGUUAGUGUCAUGCAUUUGUUCCAGAAGGUGUGAUUCUUACCAAAAUGGACGCUAGCCGAAUAAGAAAUUAUGUAUAUCCAAUUAGUAGUCUGUUCCAGAAAGCCAAAAAUGUUAACACAAAACAUGUUUUUAUAGUUUUACAAUUUGAGUUUUACUGUAUAUGCAGAAAACAAUGAAUGUGAGAGUGAAUGGUUGUUUGUCUAUAUGUGCCCUGCGAUUGGCUGGCGACCAGUCCUGGGUGUACCCCACCUGUCACCCGAAGUCAGCUGGGAUAGACUCCAGCAUACCCGUGACCCUAAUGACGAUAAGCGGCAUAGAAGAUGGAUGGAUGCAGAAAACAAUUCUAAAGACAUAGAAAUGAUGAAUGAAAGGGAUAAAUGAACAUUUAGGGUUCCUUUUACCUUCACUGAAGACAUGAUUGUUGACGUGACUGUUCCCAAAAACACCAUGUGGUAGAAAAACACAAUAUGUACACCACCUUCGUGUUUUGCCAUGAGUUAUUUAUUUAAUUCAAUAGAGUUUCUCACGGCCGCACUGUGGCCUAGGUUAGCAUGUUGGCCACGCAGUCAGGAGAUCGGGGAGAUAUGGGUUCGAAUCUCUGUUGGGCAUCUCUGUUUGGAUGUGUGGGUUUUGUCCGGGUACUCCAGUUUCCUCCCACAUUCUAAAACCAUGCAUGUUAGCUUAAUUGGCGACUCUAAAUUGUCCGAAGUUGUGAAUGGUUGUUUGUCUAUAUGUGCCCUGCGAAUGACUGCCGACCAGUCCAGGGUGUACCACGCCUCUUGCCCGAAGUCAGCAUAUCCGCGACCCUAGUGAGGAUAAGCGGCAUAGAAGAUGGAUGGAUGGAUGGAUGGAGUUUCUCACCUCAAUAACUCAAAAAAGAAAGUUGCAAGUCCCAGCAUUGAUAAAGAAGGUGAGAAACAUUAUUAAAUUUGAGAAAUAACUCAUGACAGGAAGGUGGUGGUGAUAAGUGUUUAUCUCGCUACCACAUUGUGUCUUUGAGAAAAGUUACUCCUUAAAUGAAGGUAAAAGUAACCUUAAAUGUUCAUUUAUCGCUUUCAUUCAUCAUUUACAUAUAUGCAUUUAUAAUUUCCAUUUUUCUGCAUGUAAAACUAUAAUUGUAAAACUAUAGAAACAUGUUUUGUGUUAACAUUUUUGACAGUCAACCGCUGAUGACAUCAUAGAUGGGCGACGUAGCUGACUUCCGGUUCCAGUUGCUAUUUUGUUAGCAAGCUGAUGUUAGCUGGAUGCUAACAGGACGUUUUGUAAAGAAAAUACAUUAAGAGCACAGUUGUACACGUCAUGUAUUAAUAACACGACAAGACGCGCACCAUAUUGUAUGCUAACCGGAAAAUGUAAGCAAACCGAGGCAAAAUGUUGACAUAAAUGUUCAAUGUUAACCAAAAAACAAGCUAACUGGGGUGGACGCUAACUGAGGUACCACUGUAUUUUGCAAAACAAUGUCACAUUAUUCGUGGUCUGUACGGAAAGUAAACAAUAUUUGUCUGCCUCACAGAUAUGAGAACAUACAGUGUGGAACAUAAUGAAAGUUGACUUUUCUAUAAUAAACUA